AUGUCCAAACUUAUCACUGUCUUUGGCGCCACGGGCAACCAAGGUGGAUCCGUCAUAGAGAGCAUCCUCGCCGACGUUACACUCUCCAAAGAGUUCAAGAUCCGCGGCAUCACCCGCAACAUAUCGAAGCCUGCCGCCCAAGAGCUUGUGAAGAAGGGUGUAGAAUUGGUAGUUGCGGACAUGAUGUCAAAACAAAGUCUGCAAAAAGCAGUCCAAAACUCACAUACAGUGUUUUUGGUCACAAACUACUGGGAAACCCACGGUACCACGGACGAAGUUACCCAAGGCAAAAAUGUCGCGGAUGUGUGCAAAGACCUCGGCGUCCAGCACCUCAUCUACUCAUCGAGCGUGAACGUCACUAAAACGUCAAAGGGGCGCCUUACUCACCUGCCUCAUUUCGAUGGCAAGGCUGAUGUUGAGGAAUACAUCCGGGAUAGCGGCAUACCAGCGACCUUCUUUCUGGCAGGAUACUUCAUGAGCAAUCUGGAGACGUUUACGCAAAGGGACGAAGACGGAACGUUGACGUGGGCACUUCCAACCGGAAAGGAUGCUAAAUUUCCUCUGAUUGACAUCAAGAAAGACACUGGUAUGUAUCAUGACUUACAAAAAUCUUGCACAAAUCUCAUGAUACUUACAAGAUUGUUUACUGAUUAUUUGACAGGCAAGUUCGUCAAAGCCAUUAUUAGAAAAAGGGUUUCCCUUCUAGGAGCUCGCAUUCUCGGCGCCGAAGGCUACUAUACGGCAGACCAAAUCCUCGACAUUAUCAGUAAAGAAGGAGGAAAGAAGACGCAGCUCAUCCAGUUGGACGAAGCGACCUACAAGAGUUUCAUCCCGCUGAAUACCGCGCAAGAGAUACUGGAGACCCAUCUGCUCAACGAGAAGCCGGGAUAUUACAACGGUGAAGGAUUAGAGAAGAGUCACGAGAUCUUAGAAGACAAGCUGGUGGAUUUCAAGGAGUUUGUCCGAAACAGCAAGAUCUUGCAGGGAUGA